AUGUCUCCCAUCCAAAAAGGCGCUACCGUCCUCGUGACUGGAGCUUCCGGCUUCAUCUCGUCCCACACUGUCGAGGCGCUCCUCGAGCACGGCUACAAGACUGUCGGUACCGUCCGAAGCACCGCGAAGGGAGACUACUUGAAGGACCUUUUCAAGGGCAAGGGUGACUUUAGCUAUGUCAUCGUCGAGGAUAUCGGACAGGACAACGCGUUCGACGAGGCCGUCAAGAACGUCGACGCCGUCCUCCACAUGGCCUCGCCCUUCCACUUUGAGGCCGACGACCCACAGGAGCUCUUUGUCCCCGCUGUGAACGGUACCCUCGGUGUUCUCAAGUCCAUAAAGAAGAACAACCCGGAUGUCAAGCGCGUGGUCAUCACCUCGUCGGUCGCGGCGAUCAUCUCGAGCAACAUCAAGCCGCCUCACACUUUCACCGAGAAGGACUGGAACGAGGUGUCGAUUCCGGCGUGCGAGAAGGACGGGAAGAAGGCGAGCAACUCGGACAAGUACAGGGCGAGCAAGACUCUUGCCGAGCAGGCGUUCUGGAAGUUCCAGAAGGAGGAGAAGCCGUCUUGGGACGGAGCGACCAUCAACCCGCCUAUGGUUCUUGGCCCAGUCAUCCACCAGUGCGAGUCUGUUGACAAGCUCAACACUUCCGUCAAAAUGUUCUCGGACUGGAUGGUGGGAAACAAGACCAAGGACGAUCUCCCAGGUGGUGGUGGAAACUGGGUUGACGUGCGCGACUGUGCGCUCGCCCACGUUCGUGCUCUCGAGGUCAAGGAAGCCGGCGGAGAGCGGUUCAUCUGCGGUAAUGGCCCCUUCAGCGGCAACGACUACUGCGUGAUCCUCAACAAGCUCUACCCCGAUGACAAGAAGAUCCCCCAGGGUGACGCCAGCGAGGGUGCCCGCGAGAAGAUCAACAGCGAGAGCACUAUCCACGAUGGUAGCAAGUGCGCCAAGGUGCUCGACAUCAAGUACCACUCGCUCGAGACGACCGUCGAGGAUAUGGCCAAGAGCUUGAAGAGCAGGUUCGAUAUUUGA